UACAAUAAUUCAAUAAUUAAAAUUCCAAAACAACGUUAAAAACUGAAACUUCCCCUCACAUUUUCCCGAGAAACAAACAGAAAAGGUACCAAAAGAUGAGGUUUUUGCCACUUCUCAACCAAACCUCAAAACGAAACCAUCCAAAAAAGCCCAUAAUCCAUUCUCUCACUAUGGCAAGAUUCCUCUUUUCUAAAUACACAGAGGAACCAGAGCCAAAAGAGUUCAUUGAUUACUUGGAUUCUCUUAAAAAUUAUGAGAAAUUAGGUGUGCCUAAGGAUGCUGGCACUGAUUCAGAUGAUGGACUCGAUCUGGGUCGGAUGCGGAGGCUCAUGGACCGGCUUGGUAACCCACAGUCCAAAUUCAAGGCAGUGCAUGUUGCGGGGACAAAAGGGAAAGGAUCAACAGCUGCAUAUCUGUCAAAUAUUUUGAGGGCAGAAGGCUAUUCUGUUGGUUGUUAUACUAGUCCACAUAUGAUGAGUAUAAGGGAAAGGAUUUCAUUAGGACAAUCAGGCAAUCCAGUGUCAACAAAGACUUUGAACAAACUGUUUCACAUGAUCAAACCAAAACUUGAUGAGGCGAUUCAAUUAGAAAAUGGGUCUCUGACGCAUUUUGAGGUCCUCACUGCUACAGCAUUCACCUUAAUGGCAGAAGAGAAAGUUGACAUUGCAGUCAUUGAGGCUGGGCUAGGGGGUGCAAGAGAUGCAACAAAUAUCCUUUGUAGUUCUGAACUUGCUGCUUCCGUUAUAACAACAAUUGGCGAGGAGCACUUGGCAGCACUUGGUGGUUCUUUGGAAAGCAUUGCUGUGGCAAAGUCAGGAAUCAUUAAGUAUGGUCGCCCAGUGGUUCUAGGCGGUCCUUUUCUUUCACAUGUUGAUCGUAUACUACGUGAUAAAGCGUCAGUGAUGUGUUCUCCUGUGGUGUCAGCAUCUGAUGCUGGAAUCAGAACUUCCAUUAAAGGCCUCAUCAUACUCGAUGGUAGACCUUGCCAAUUGAGUGAUAUAAUGAUACAAGUUGAGAGGGAUUUUCCACUGUUCAUUGAGUUAUCAGAUGUGAAGCUGCGCAUGCUUGGAAGGCACCAACUUCACAAUGCAUCAUCUGCAGCAUGUGUGGCGCUCUGCCUUCGUGAUCAAGGAUGUCGAAUUUCAGACAGAUCUAUUAGGGCUGGUUUGGAGAAUACAUUCUUGCUUGGAAGAAGUCAAUUUCUAUCAUCCAAAGAAACUGAGGUGCUAGGACUUCCUGGAGCGACAAUACUGCUUGAUGGAGCUCACACUAAAGACUCUGCUAAAGCUUUGGUGGACACAGUACGGAUGGCAUUUCCAGAUGCACGAGUGGCUCUUGUAGUUGCAAUGGCAAGUGACAAAGACCAUUUAGCUUUUGCGAGAGAAUUUCUUUCAGGUUUGCAAUUAGAGGCUGUCUUCCUCACAGAAGCCGACAUUGCUGGGGGAAAAUCUCGAACAACUUCAGCUUCCUUGUUAAUGGAUUGCUGGAUUCAAGCUUCUGAAGAAUUGGGCAUUAAUACUCUUCAUGAUGGAAUGGAGAAGAACCGAGAAUUGUUAGAGGAAAACAAAAUCAUAUUAGCUACUGAGAAAUCACCGGAGGUUGCCAUGAGAGCUGCAAAUGAGACUCUUAGAAGAAGAGCAGGUAACCGUUCCAGUGUUAUUGUAGUCACAGGAUCGUUGCAUAUUGUCUCAUUACUAUUAGCUUCUCUGCAUAGGUAAAAUUGCCUGUAUUUACUUGUAUUUGUUCUGAACUCUUUUUUUUUUUUAAUGCACAAACAUUGAUUA